UCCCGCCGCCCCAUACCCUGUGACGCGCCACUGUCGCCCGAACGGUUCUGGGAUAGUGAUGGAGACGCCGGGAGUAUCUACCCGGACCUUAUUGCUCCCAGCCGUGUCGGGGCCCCAGAGGAAGCGAUCGGCUGGGGAGACCGAAGCUGUGAGGAGCAAGCAGCGGGUCCUGGACGAGGAAGAGUAUAUAGAGGGCCUUCAGACAGUCAUCCAAAGGGAUUUCUUUCCUGAUGUGGAGAAACUGCAGGCACAGAAGGAGUACCUGGAGGCUGAGGAAAAUGGAGAUUUGGAACGAAUGCGCCAGAUUGCAAUCAAGUUUGGCUCUGCUCUGGGCAAGAUGUCUCGAGAGCCUCCACCACCUUAUGUGACUCCAGCCACAUUUGAGACUCCUGAGGUGCACACAGGCACUGGAAUGGUGGGCAACAAGCCCAGAUCUCGGGGCCGAGGUCUUGAGGAAGGAGAGGCUGGAGAGGAAGAGGAGAAGGAGCCACUGCCCAGCCUGGACGUCUUCCUGAGCCGCUAUACAAGUGAGGACAAUGCCUCCUUCCAGGAGAUCAUGGAGGUGGCCAAGGAGAAGAGCCGGGCCCGCCACUCCUGGCUUUACCAGGCUGAGGAGGAAUUUGAGAAGAGGCAGAAAGAUAAUCUUGAACUCCCAUCAGCAGAGCACCAAGCCAUUGAGAGCAGCCAUACUGGUGUGGAGACCUGGAAGUACAAAGCCAAGAACUCCCUUAUGUACUACCCAGAGGGUGUCCCUGAUGAUGAGCAGCUAUUUAAGAAGCCCCGGCAGGUGGUGCAUAAGAACACACGCUUUCUCCGGGACCCUUUUAGCCAGGCUUUAAGCAGGUCCCAGCUCCAGCAGGCUGCAGCCCUCAAUGCCCAGCACAAACAGGGCAAGGUGGGCCCUGACGGCAAGGAGCUCAUCCCCCAGGAGUCCCCCCGAGUGGGCGGGUUCGGAUUUGUUGCCACUCCAUCUCCUGCCCCUGGUGUGAAUGAGUCCCCACUGAUGACCUGGGGGGAGGUUGAGAACACGCCCCUGAGAGUUGAAGGAUCGGAGACACCCUACGUGGACAGGACACCAGGGCCAGCCUUCAAGAUCUUGGAGCCUGGCCGUAGGGAGCGGCUGGGCCUGAAGAUGGCCAAUGAGGCUGCUGCCAAGAAUCGAGCUAAGAAGCAAGAAGCCUUGCGGAGAGUGACAGAGAACCUGGCCAGCCUCACUCCCAAAGGCCUGAGCCCAGCCAUGUCCCCAGCCCUGCAACGCCUUGUGAGCAGGACAGCCAGCAAGUAUACAGACCGAGCCCUGCGGGCCAGCUACACACCAUCCCCAGCACGCUCAACCCACCUCAAGACUCCAGCUGGUGGGCCGCAGACCCCCACGAGCACACCAGCCCCUGGUUCUGCCACACGCACACCCCUCACACAGGACCCAGCCUCCAUCACAGACAACUUACUACAGCUCCCUGCUCGGCGCAAAGCCUCAGACUUCUUUUAGAGCCAGGCCUGUGCUGGGCCCUUGGACAUUGUGUGGAACCUUCAGGACAGCUGUCCACCCAGCAGAGGACUCCAUCUGGAAGUUCAGGCACAGACCGGAGGCAUUUGAUCAUCACAGGAAUCACAGAUGAAAGAUGCUGUGCCUCAGCCAGGCCAGCAUGAGACACAUGCCCUCUCCCUUUGGAGUACAGCAUCCAUGCUGUCCCUUGGGGCCUUGCUGAAAGUUUCUAUGUCAUUAAAGAACAUCUGGCACAUUCUGGCUAGGCUGCCCUUCUGCCCUGCUCCUUGAGUGGGCCCUGGGACCUCCUUGGGCCAGCUGUGCUAUCUUAAGACUUCAGGAUUAGAGGCAAGGGUGCCUCCAGGGGAGGAAGCUGUGGGUAGGGUGGCUCCUCCAUUGUUUUCUGUGACUCCCUUAGCUACCUUCUGAGCUGAGCUCACAGGUCUUUCUGAGGAAGUGAUGGAGCCUCCAGAAAUAUAUCCCUCAUGGUCAUCUGGAACUCUGA